AGGAGCAGGAGCCGGAGCAGGAGCUGGAGCAGCCGCCGGGCAGCCGCAGCCAGCCGGGGCCGGGGCGGCCGCAUGUGCGAAGUAGGGACGCGGCCGCCGCUGGCCGCCGAGCGCGGGGAGCUGGCCGGGAGUGCCGCCGCCGCCACCGCCGCCGAAAGGUGCCGAGACAUGGGAGAACAGCCCAUCUUCACCACCAGAGCCCAUGUCUUCCAAAUUGACCCCAGCACGAAGAAGAACUGGGUUCCCGCAAGCAAGCAGGCUGUAACUGUUUCCUACUUCUAUGACAGCACGAGAAACAGCUAUCGGAUUAUCAGUGUGGAUGGAGCCAAGGUGAUCAUAAACAGCACAAUCACACCUAACAUGACCUUCACCAAAACAUCACAGAAGUUUGGCCAGUGGGCGGACAGCAGAGCAAACACCGUCUUUGGCCUGGGCUUUCCCUCCGAGCAGCAGCUGACAAAGUUUGCAGAGAAAUUCCAAGAAGUAAAAGAAGCUGCCAAACUAGCAAGAGACAGAUCUCAAGAGAAAAUUGAGACCUCAAGCAAUCAUUCCCAGGAAUCUGGACGUGAAACACCAUCUUCCACUCAAGCAUCUAGUGUGAACGGGACAGACGAUGAGAAGGCAUCGCAUGGUGGUCCUGCUGAGGCACAUCUCAAGUCUGAGAAUGAUAAAUUGAAAAUUGCUCUAGCCCAAAGUUCAACCAACGUGAAGAAGUGGGAGACAGAGCUGCAGACGCUGCGGGAGAGCAACGCCCGUCUGACCACAGCGCUGCAGGAGUCGGCCGCCAGCAUCGAGCACUGGAAGAAGCAGUUCUCAGCCUGCAAGGAGGAAAAUGACCAGCUCAGGAACAAGAUUGAAGAACUGGAGGAACAGUGCAAUGAAAUAAAUAAAGAGAAGGAAAGAAACGCACAGCUGAGUAGACGUCUUCAGGAACUGGAAACAGAACUUCAGGACAAAGAGCUGGAACUGGAAGAGCUCCGAAAGCAGGGUGAAGUUAUACCACAGCUGAUGUCAGAAUGUGAGUCUGUAUCUCAACAAUUAGAGGCUGCUGAGAAAAAGAACAAAGAUCUUGAAGAGAAAGUCAGAACACUAAGGACAGAAGUUGAAGAGAGUAAACAUAGGCAGACCAACCUUAAAACUGAAUUAAAGAAUUUUUUAGAUGUACUAGACGGGAAGAUAGAUGAAUUACAUGAUUUCCGACAAGGACUGUCUAAACUUGGGGUUGACAAUUAGAUGGCAAUAGAUUUUAAUUUUUUUUGUAAUCUAGGGUCUGGAUGUUUGAUGUUUUGUUGAUCCCAAAUGUGUGUUUUACAAAAUAUAACUAGAAUGUUCCACUUGUUUGCAUUGUUUUUGUACAUAGAGGCUGAAAAUUUGCUGUGGGGUUUUUGUUUGUUUGUUUGUUUAUUUUCCAAACCAAUCGUGCUGCUCACUGAAUUCUGUUGGGAUUAGAAACUUUCUAUAUUGCUGCUGUGGCUUUGUGGGGUUGGGAACAGGUAGAGAGUUCUGUCUCAGGAAUCUGGAACUAGAUCUACCUUAAAAUGAAUAUGCAGUUAGUUGUUGCAGGGAAAUAUAUCUCUUUCUUAAGGGCUGUUGCAACCAUAGAAACAGAAAACAAGUCUUUUCUUGUCUGGACUAUCAGCACUCCUAGCAACAUCCACUUUUAUUCCUUAGUGGAGCAGAGAGCAGAUUAGCUGGAGCUCCUGCAGUUUGCAAAAUGUGCCUGUGAUGAGCUGCAGUCAAGUGAAUCACUUCACACAGACACCAGUAUCUUUAGGGACCAUGUCAAUCAGGCCUGAUUCACCGAAAAAAAACCCAGUGGUUUCAGAUAACCUCCAGUACAGGGUGCAUGUGCUUGCCUGGGCCCACACAGUGCAAAGCCAACAAUGUAGAAAUGAAUUUCAGCUUUUCAAGUCAUGCAUCUUACCCAGUAGGUGAGGACAGCUUCCCUUGCCUAGCAAGGUCAUCUUUCUUUGGCCUUCAGUUUGGAACCCAUAUAGUUCCAUCAUUAUGUGCAUCUCUGAAAAAUGCCCACCAAAGUCUUGGGACCAGAUCUUUAUUUUUAAAAGCAGUGUGCUGCUGGUUUGUACACAGGGCACAUGCACCUCUGUGCAGCUUGAUUGCUGUUGAUUAACUUCUGCAGUAGUGAAGGAGGAGACAUUAAUCUGAAAAGCAAUAUAAGGUCACUCGAAGGCGUUGCUCAGAAGCAAGUUUCUGCCCAGGAGGCUGGGCAGGGACACGAUCACAGGAAAUCAAAAUCCUUACCUGUAGAAUAUCUGCAUUCUCACCUCAUGUAUCUUUGGCAGUGGGAUAGUAAUUAGGCACUGUCCAAAUAAAAAAACCCAACCCAAAAGGCAGAAAUGUUGUUAUACUCUUAAACUGAUUAUUCAGCAGCUCUAAAUGUGUUUUGAGAAAUGCAAAGUCAUACACUGGGCUCUAGAGAGAGGGAAGUUCACAUCAUCAUACAUGGAUGUAGAAAGGGCCAGAAAGGAGAAUUUAGCACAAGUUUUGCUCUUGCCCCUAUGAUUGCCUUCAACUUCUUUCUUUUCUUGGUCUGUAAACUGGUUCAAAAGUCUUGUUUAUGCAGGAUAUGAAUUAAUUCAAGAAAAAACAUUUGUUUGUGUGACAUUUUUAUUUGCUUAAUCCAGAGGAAAGCUUGGUUAAACACUGUGCUAGUGCAUUCCAGCAGUGAUUGAUAUGAAAUGGCCAUGUUUGGUUUGGUUUGUUUCUUUUCUUGGUACAUCUCAAUUAUAAAAGUGACCUUUAAAAGAAAGGUUGGUUAUAGAUGAAAUAUGCAUUGAAUAUUUUUUGAACAUGGAUAUAUCAUCUCCAUGCUGGAGGUAGGUUCCAUCUGCAAUUGUCCCUUGAAUUUUCAUUUUAUCUUUUACUGUUGGGUUACCUUCAUUGCCUGCUUCUUAGACUGGACUUUUUGUUUUUUUUUCUUUUACUCAUUUUAAACAACAGAAUGUGAAGCUGGGACCUUUCAUAAACAUUUUGACCAAUUAAUUAUAUUUUAAAAAAUUGCUGUAGGUUGUUGAUAUUUAAAAUAAAAAUCAGGUACAUAGCAUGUAGGCGUGUGAAAAUGAGACUUUACCAGCAUGGAAGAUUCAAUGGUUGCAUACUGUGGGGAUAGAACAGACUGCUCAGAAUUGAAAGUGACGUCAGAAACUGUGGUUGUGCACAAGUAAUCUCCAUUUUUAGAGUUAUUAUUUGAUAGCGAGUCAGAUGGACACCAUGAUUUAACAGGCAGCUCAUCCUGCUUCCUGUCCCCUCCUAUGCUGCUUUAGACUUCCUGAACUGCAGCCAGUUCCUGCACCAGCUGGGGAUCAGGGGAUACCACAGCUAAGAGCUGCAAGCAAUACAGGUAGUCAGGGCCCUCCUUGUCACAGUGGUUGAUUGCUGUGGCACCCUGCUGCAUCUUCUGUUACGCAGUCUUAGGGCUUCCUUCUUGGUUUUAAUAUAAAAUACUCUUUUAAAUAUGGUUCUGAUUAGAGGGAUGCAAAAGACUGUGAAUGAAUUAUUUUAUUGGGUUAAUCCAGAUUUCUUUUCCACUUUAGUCAGGUCUGUCUCAGAUCCAGUUCAUUAGGAAUGUAUUAAGCCACUCUUCAGUUGGCAAGAAAAGUGAUUCCAUGGGAUUGCAGUGGUUUAACAGAUGGAGUUUAAUGCUGGUGCAUUAAACCAGUGCCUGACUGACACCAGUGGGUAUUUCUCAGUGCUUCAUGCCCACCAGAGGAACGAUGGCAUGUCCUCAGGGGAAUCCUUGCUCGGUCUCUUCUAGUCUUGCCCCAAAUGUAUGUUUUCCUUGUCUGCUUUUGCUGUGAUGCUGAGGUGUUCGGGAUGCCUACACACAGCUAUAAACUGGGGCAAACUCCAUCCUUCAGGCAUCUGAAGCCUUGCUAGAAUUGCCUUCUUUCUCUUUUUCCUACCCAACAGGAGGAAGUUGAGAGCUUCCGUAUAAAAGCACUUAAAACCCUCCCCCAAAUUCCCUCUUUUUUAACCUUUUCCUCCCCUUUGGUCUAUUUUUCCUCUUCAAAACCCUGCUAGGAACAGGCGGUGCAUGCUCUCAGAAGCUUUUGGAUGCCAGCUGCAGCUCCCCUCUCUGUCCUGCCCCAUCCCUGCCCUGGGACUGCAGUGCACCCGCUGAGCUGGGACCAUAGCAUCACACUGCUGAUUCCUUGAGGCUUUGUGGUGGCCCAGCAAUAACCCCUGCCUGCCAAACCUUGAGCCCCAUGCUGCUCCUCAGGGACUCAUCCCAGCAUUGGAACACCUUCUCCCUCCUGGUGGGAGCACAGGGGCAGCCAGCCCUCCCCCACCAAAAUGCCAGCACUGUCCUAUGGAUGCAUUUGUCCCACCUUCUUGAAUGUUGGGGAUUCGACCCAUGCCAGAAGCUGGGCUCAGCUGGCAGCCACCAGCUUAGGGACAGCCCCAAACACUGCUGGGGCCAAGAAAUGCUCAUCCCUGCCCAAGAGAGAGUCCGCAGAGCUUGGCUUUAUUUGUAAUAAAUUCACAGUGCUGGGCAAGCCCUGGCUUCCCCAUGCCCUCAGCAGUGCCAUCAGUCAUCACUCCUUUUCUGUCCAUCCUGAGCAGAGGUGUCCUUACAUGAGGCUGCGCCUCACCUUGGGCAAUCUUGGGUUCCCUUUUUGAGCACGGGUUUCUCCCUCCACGUGGUUGAUGGCAGGAUCCAUCCUACUUCAGUUACAUGGUCUUUUGUUAAUAAAGGUCUGGUGCUUAGCCAUUCCUGUGCUGAUACCUGCGGCCCCACCAUGCAGAUCCCACCACUGCAGAUCCCACCACUGCAGAUCCCACCACACUGUCCAUCUUGCCGGGCCAGCCCUGGGAGCAGAUAUCUGUGCUGGCCUCUUGUCACACCAAAUUAGAGAGUGUCCUACUGUUUUGUGGGCUUUCCAGGGAGAUGCUCCUUUGAGCUAGUGUUAGAGCUGCUGAAUAAUGGUGAGGGGUUUUUUUCUGAUGGCCAAAAUGAGAAAUAAGCAGGUCCACUUGGUAUUAGCACAAAACCUAAAAAUAGUCAGUGACACAAAAGUAUAUUGAGAUGAUUGUUUUCAAGGGGACAGAGUGUUUCAUUAGAUAAGUUGUUUCAUGUUUCUGAAAAUUACCUUAGUCACAUCUGGGAAAUAAUUCAUUUAAAAAUGAAAACAGAAACAUUGUUUCACACCCCAAAAUAUAACAGGUUAACCUUUUGCUUUUUUUCCUAUCUGGCUGCAUCUUUGCUGAUUUUGACUCAACUUCACAAGUAGUUUUGUUUGGCCUAAAAGUGCAUUUUCAGCUAAAUUAGUACUUUCCAGUGUUUUUCUGUCUAUGUCUAUUUGGUGUCUUUCUGUAAGAAAUUCAGUGCCACCUCCCACUUCCUAUAUGCUAGUGUUCAAAAGAUGCUCUUUUUAAAAAUAGUUCUUCACUGGGUGCUUCUGUACCCAGAAAACAAAUGUUAUUUAGACAAUGCAUUUUUUCUAGAUAAAUCUCAGAUUUUUAUUUUUAGGUGGGAGAUUUAGGGUGAACAUUUUCUAAAGCUGCUCAGUGAAUUAAGGAGAGCAGAAAGGGUUUCUGCUGUUCCUCCUGCCAUCCCUGCCACUGCCAUUGCUUUCAAAGCACAUCAGCAAAGGCAUUUCUGGUGUUAAGGUGGGUGCUCACCCUGUGUUUGCUGGGUGGCUCUCUGGGAGCCCCUGUGCCCCUCUCAGCAGGACACAAGUUGUCCACAGGCUUCUGCACUAUGCCAUUGCACUGUUCUAUUUCCCAAGCAUCCAUCUUCUCCCUUAUUAAUUUCUUGCCACCUUUGGCUGCUUCAUGAAUGGUUGAAGGAAGAUUCCUCCCCAUUCCUGCCACCGCCUCCUGGUGUUGGGAGUUUCUCAGCUACAAGACUCUCUGUUAGGCUCAUCUGAAUAAUUAUCUCUACAAAACCUUUCAAAGUGUCAGUGGCUUGUGAGGAAUACAGUGUUGUCUUCCAGAGCCCAUGAAUUAGCAGAGAUAAACCUGCUGUCCAGGUGAAACACCCUGUUUGGCUUCAACUGAGCAACAGGAGUUGAUGCUGAAUCCCAAGAGAACGGGUAGGAGGGGGACUGGGACAGCAGCAGAAUUUUGAGGAUUGUUUCAGCCAAAGCUUCCAUGAAAGAUGUGCUCUGCCCACAGGCUGUGGAUAUGCCAAAGGUACAGGAUGGCCACACUGAGCUGUCAGCCUAUUCACCUUUGUCUGGGCAGUUCUGGGCUUGUCGAGCCUGGAAAUACCAGAAAGUCCUCAGCACAUCACAGAUGUGACAAGGUGAGGGAUGAAGGCAAAUGUCCACACUCACAGCUGAGCAGCACUGGCUUGUUGGUCUCCCACAGGGGCUGAGCAGCAGCAGAGCCCCUGCAGAGGGGCAGGGCCAGCACUUGGGGGCUGGGGGGCUCCCUGGGCUGCUUGUGGGCACCAUUUAGCAACAGUAAAGCACGGAGCUACGCCAGGGUAAUUUGUCUUGCCAUGGGCUGUGGUCAGCAAGCACCCGUGUGUCAAGCAAAGCAAUACACAGCCACAAGGCAACAGUCUCAGAUGGAGAGCCCUGGCUGGCCAGCACAGCGUGGCUGGGGAUGCUGUACCUGGAGUCCUGUACCCCUGGGAGCUCAGCAGUGCUCUGGGCUCAUUUCUAGAAGAUAAACUUGACAGUUCCAUGACGUUUGCAUGUCUUAAAUACUGUUCUCUGUGGUAAACCAGAAAGCACCUGAAGGGAAAUACAGAGUGAGGAGGUGAAUGAUAAAGGUGAUGAAGGUGCUUCCCCAACGAGGGCUCUCCUGCAGGCUGUGAGCAGAGCUGGUCCUGGCCAGGAGAGCUUUGCCUGUGUCCCUGGGGAAUGUUGGCUGUCUAACCAGUUUGACUUUCUCCUGUCUUUUUCUUAGCUCUUUUUUUUUAUUAUUUAUUUCCUUUUUGGUAUUUAACAGCUAGCCUGAACAUACAGUCUUGGGAUGAAGGUGCCUAUACCUCCAACAAUUUUAUAUGCACAUUUUGAAAUAGAUUUUGUUUUCCUUUCUAGUCAUUUUGUUACCUAAUAAUAAUGACACACACAAGAAAGGCACUUGAGAAAAAUCUCUCUGCUGUUAUAUUUUUGUUUGGAUUUGGUUUUGGGUUUGUUGGGGUUUUUUUUAAACACUGUUCAGCAAUAAUUAUUUUAGCCAUAUACUAGAUAAAAAGACUGAUAAUGUAAGAUUUAUGAACUAAGCUUCUAAGUUUGCAGUACAUUGAUUAACUUGGAUCUGUGAAAAGGGAGCUAUGCUCAAUAAAAGAGUAUUUUGCAGCAUUUAGAUGUUUUAAGUUUACUUGCCUAAUAGUGAUCAUGAACUUACUGUUCUAUGAAACUCAUCAUGAAUGACAAACAAAGCACAUUGUUUUUAACAUGAAUGUAGCCCUUGUAGUUGAAAGUUCUGAGAGUGUUUUAGUGUGGUCUGCUAUACCAAAAUAUUUAGAUUAUUAUGAGGUUUUAGUACUAAAGAUAAACAUACACCCUGUUUUUACUGUUUCAAGUAAAGUUUAGUGAAUGACUGACAAUUUGUUGAUACACAACUGUGGGAAAACACUGCAGUGCUCUACAUGUAUAUUUUUGGGGGGUUUAUUAUAUUUAGUCUAUGGUUUAAUGAAAACUGGGGUGUUUACUACAGUUGGAUCAUUGUACAAACAUCUCUUACCUCGUCAUUUUGUCUGCUGUGAAAAAGUACUUUCCUCUUCUUUUUUUUCUUUUUUUUUUUUUUUUCCAAAUUGACCAUAGCCAGUCAAUGUUAAAUUUAGACUCCUGGUAGCAGUAAAUGCUGGGUUUUAUAUAUAUGAAAGGAAAACUUGAUUUUUUUCUUUAUGAACUUAUUAUAUAACUUUGUGAUUUUUAUAUGAUUUUAUUGUAACAUAAAGUUGUUUUAUGUAAAAAUAUAUAGUUUAAGUAAAA